AUGGCUGAUCGUUUCGUUCGGGACAUUAAUAAUCCUCCAACAAAUAUACAUGGGAAACAAUUACGUAAUUGGCGAAGAGCUACUAAAAAAAAUGCUACGGAUCAAUGGUCUCUACAAAAAGCGAUCGCAAUAAUAUUUGGACGAUUUCUCGAGAAAUCGUCAACGCUGUCAAAUUGGUCAUGUGGCCUCGAUUCUUGUCUCUUAACCUGGAUGUCAGCCAACUUAGUUGGUGAAAGAAGAACACAUUAUCACAAUAAACAAAAACAACUACGCCAAACAUUAAUCAAAUACGCCGUCGAUGAUUGUUUAGCUGUAACUUUAUUGUUAUCGUACAUUCGACAAGAUCAAGAAUCAAAAUUAAAUCAUCGUAAAAUAACAAUGGAAAUACAAGACAAUCAUCAACAUCAACAACAAGACGAGUUUAACCAACAAAAUAUACAAGACAACUUGGCAGAUUCAACCCAAUUUACACAAGAUCAACACCAACAUGAAUACAACCAGUACACUAUGGAUGAAAGUCUAACAGAUUUAGCCUAA